UCUCUCUCUCUCUCUCUCUCUCUCUCUCUCUCUCUCCUACCCGGAUUCCUCGACACAAACACGCCCCACAUUCGAUCAGUCACAGGAUCUCGCCCUUAAACAGCGGACGUGGGUCUUCUCUCUGCACAAUUCGUUAACGAGGAAAAAGGAAAAAAAGAUUGAUAAUAUUGUAAUAUUUCGCGGAUCAUUGGCUCGUUUUGGUGCUUGGAGAAAAUGAGGUCCUUUGUGAUCAUGAAGUGAUCUUUGUGCAAAGUGUGAAAAGAAAGGGGAGUGGGAGAGUCUUGGAAGAAAUAAGGCGAAGAAAAAGACACGAAAAUGAUUCAAAUGCGAGGAUAUUCCCGCCAAAACGCGGUGAAACUAAUCGUCUGUGUGCUUGCAACGUUAAUUCAACCGGGUCGUUCCUUCAUCUCCCUGAGCGACAUCAGCCCCGCCCUCGAGAGGAUGGCUUCCUACGGCUACAGUAUGCUAGGAUACGGUCCCCCUCCAUCCUACGGCGAGGAUGACCUUGAAAUCUAUGAGGUCGACGGACCGCUCUGGGACGGGCACAUAGCUGUCGGUGACUUCAUCUCGCCGAUCGUGUCAGCUGUCAGCAACUCGGACCUGGGAUUUGGAGGCGGAGGAGGAGGCUACGGGGACGAGAGGGUGGUCAAGGGCUACGACGGGCGUUUGGGCGUGCGUGUGGCUGUCCCUUACUUGGGAGACUUCCAGGUGACGAGAGAAUUCGGUCCGGGGAAAUUCGGGCCUCACUUGGGACCCGGGAAGUACCCAUACCCAGGGUACUCGAAGGACUCUUCAGGAUCCUACGGCCACGGCAGUCACGGCAGCCACGUUAGUCACGGCGUCCACGGCAGUCACGGCGUUCCCAUCCCAAGCCUGCCCAAAGGGAAGAAGAAGAAGAAGAUCAAGAAGCUGAGUCUCAAGUCGUUGUACAAGGGAUUGAAUAAUUACCCUUGGCACGGAAGGAGGAGGAGGUAGAGGCUGAGGUUAGAGGAGGAGGGAGAUGCUGAUGCUCGAGGAGGAGGAGGGAGAUGCUGAUGCUCGAGGAGGAGGAGGGAGAU